AUGAAGGACCACCCGUUGUCUUCGUCGGUCGUACUCAGAACCCGCAAUCGCAUAUCUUAGCGUUUGAAUAAAUUAUGCCGUAUCCAAAUAUUAAUCUCUAGGAGGAGCAUGGCUUUGACACCCGUCGUUCUCCAGAGUUAUCUCAUUCCUUGCAAUAUGGAUACUGGGAAGAGUGACAGACAAUGGAUUGAUUGCUUUUGAACAUGUCGAGACCAUCCAGUUAAAUACGGUUCCGGCCACCGCCUCUUCGAUCGAUCUUGGUCUCCUCAUGCUUCAACGUGGCCUUAGGCGUCAAAGUCGUCAUCAUCUUCGCCGGAUCCGCUAUGCUCUGCGACAUCCUUUUUGCUGGGCAAAAUUUCGGCAAAUCCCAAGUAGCCGUUGACUGCCGUCUCCGCCCUAACAUUCCCGGCGCCUGACGAAGGCAGCGGGCUUUUCUAUCAUCCCUGGUGCUGAUCGCGCAAUCUGGAAGGAGGGAUGGUCCGCCAACGCCCUCAAGAGAGGCCGAAACCUAGAGAAAGAGACCUAACAGCAACUCGGGCCCUCAAUCCACAUGUUGCUGCCGCUGAUGCGGAAGCCAUGCUCUGUCUCCGUGGCCCGCGUAGCCAGCGCGAAGGCGUCAGACCCGCUGAGCUUCUCGAGUCUGAUGCUGAGAAAGGACAAACUUGGACAUUUGGCAAAACCAGGCCCAACCAACAACACAUCAACAACAUCCGGGGCAAAUCUAAGGACUCUUUUGCGGCGCGCCAAGACUUCUUGGCGAGAAGCGAGGCCAAGAGAGACGAGGAUGCAAGACGAGCCACCAGCAGCCAGCCGAGCUCGUCAGGGGCGUGCUUCUUGUCAUCCGACGUAAGGACGGGUCGGCGCCUUCGGCCGCCUCGGCGUACUUGCGCGACUUCGUACUUCAAGGCGAAGCCGUCGUUUGCGCUUACCAUUGCGGCAACCGGCACGGGCAUCGGCAGCGUCGUGUUCCCUGCUGUCGUGCAGUACCUGAUCCCCCAGAUCGGCUUUCCAUGGGCUGUCAGGUGCUCGGCUUUUGUCAUUGGUGGUUGCUAA